CAAACAGCGGCACAUCAUUGGUGUGAUAGAAGUGACGAUCAAAACAAGAAAAUUGAAAACAAUUUGCAAAUGAAAUGCAAUUGAAUUGAAUUGAAUUGCAAUGAGUUUUGUGUCCGUAUUUCACAUCCAGAAGCGAUUCCUCAACUAUAGGAUCACUUAUAAGGGACCCUUUGAUUACAAGAGGGACCACACAAAGGCAUACAGAUAUCCAUUUGGUAUCAACAAAGGCGCCAUCGAGGACACCAUCAAUGAGAUCAACCAAAUCAGACAACUGGACCUCAAAGACACGGAUGUCUCGCCUUUCCAUCUGGUCUGGAGGUACAAGACUAUGACUCACAUCCCAUGGCACGAGAAGUAUGUGUUGAGUCACUUGGGAUUACAUCAGAAGGAGUGCCACAUCCGAGUGGUUGUGCCCAACACUCCGCACUUCAAUGGCCUCUUAUGGCGGGUGAAGCACUUGAUUCAGUUGAUGCCCAUCGCCUUCCCCGACGGCAUCCCCACCGAAGAGGACGUGGGAUGUGUCAAACUGAACACAUAUACCGGUGCCCUGUCUGUGAACCCCAGCCAUAAGGUGUCGGCCGAUCGCAUCGAUUUGGCCAAAAGUGAUGACAUAUAUUAUGGCAAAUAUUUGAGAGAGUAUUUGAAGUGGAGUUCCGGUCUGUUUGGCAAAGGAUUGCCCGGUUGUCCCGUCCAACAGAUCAAUGGCUCGCAUAUUGAGGACCAUAAGAGGAAGGCUAUGAACGCCAAUAAACAUCAGCACCACUUCUAUAACAACUGAUUCAUCACUUGUAGACAAUUUAUGUAUAGUUUAAUAAAUGUUAUCACAAUUCAUUUAUGAAA